GCCACAUCAAGUCGUAGAUUGACCCAUAGUUAGCAACCUAAUUCAAUCUAGAGAAUGGAUUAUUUUGUGUUUGUGGGCAGCGUCCUCUUGCUGAUGUUCAGCCCAGCUGCUCCGAUGUGCGUCCCAACGGACUACACGCUCUACGUGGAGAAGCCCGAGUGUAACUUUUGUGUGGCUAUCAACACCACCAUCUGCAUGGGAUUCUGUUACUCUCGGGACAGCAACAUGGGAGACCUGGUGGGCCUGCGCUUUCUGCUCCAGAGAGGCUGCACCUACAACCAGGUGGAGUACCGCACGGCCAUCCUGCCCGGCUGCCCCAGCGAGGGCAGCUCUCUGUUCAGCUACCCCGUGGCCCUCAGCUGCCACUGCGGAGCCUGCAACACCGCAGUCGAUGAGUGCGCCCACAGAGCCAGCAGCAACAGGCCCACGUGUACCAAGCCCGUCAGACACAUCUACCAGAGCAACUUCCUGCUGCCCUUUUAAUUUCUAAAGGCUGGCUGUUUGAUUCAGGUUUUUAGUUUUCUUUUCCUAUGCUUGUUUGGGGCUUUUCAGUAUGUUUAUGGGGUUAAGAGCAGCCAACUGUUGGAUGUUAUAAUGACCACCAUUUGCUUUUAAUAAUAUUAAUUCUAUCGUUAGUAUUAGGACUGGUCGAUAUUGACAUUAGUAUUUUACCUGUUGAAAUACUGAGAGAAAAGAAAGGGAUAUUGGCAUCAACCUAGGGUAAUUUUCCACUAGGGAGUAGUAGUACCAUGAAAAAAAACCAUCUGAAUAUACACUGCAUACAAACGUUUUGUUACUUUUUGUUUAUUUCCAAAUAAAGAUAUUUCAAAUA